AAGAUGUUGUCUUUGAUCUUUGUCUUCCUGGUCCUGAAGCCUGCCUUUCUUCUCUGCAGUUUGACUGACCCUAUGUGUUUUAUGAGAAUGAAAGACAAGGAAAACCCAGAAGGAGAUAAAGACAUUGAUUGUUUCUUUUCCAUUUAUACAGAGCAUGGAAACAUGAAAAACGAUUAUUUCAGUGGGAAUCUUGAUAAGCAGUUGACACCUAAGAACAUCCACUUGAUUUUCUCUCUUUAUUUUGCCAUGGAAGAAAUCAAUAGGAAUCCUCAUAUUUUACCAAACAUUUCUCUGCUAGUUAACAUCAAAUGUAAUCUGAUAGCUGAUCAGAAGAGAUCUGGUUUAUCUGUAAAAAGAAGUGAAAUUUUUCCUAACUACUACUGUAGAAAUCAGAGAAAAUAUUUAAUUGUACUUACAGGACCCAUGUGGGUACUUCCUGCAACCCUUGGAUCAUUCCUGUACAUGUCCAGAACUCCACAGCUCUACUACGGUCAUUUUCAACCUCUCCUGAGUGUGCAUGAGCAAUUUCCUCAUCUCUACCAGAUAUCUCCCAAGGACACAUCUCUGCCACUAGCCAUGGUGUCCCUACUGGUUUAUUUCAGAUGGAACUGGGUGGGAGUGAUCAUUUCAGAUGAAGACCGUGGAAUUCAAUUUCUUUCUGAAUUGAGAGAGGAAAUUCAAAGGAACACAGUCUGUUUAGCAUUUGUGAGUAUUAUCACAAAUGAUGAUUUUUCAUACGUUAAAAUGAUUCAACAUUAUUAUAAUCAGAUUAUGAUGUCAUCGGCAAAAGUUGUGAUUGUUUAUGGAGAUAAAGACUCUAAUUUACAAUUGAACUUUAUACUAUGGAAAUCUGCAGAAAUUGGGAGAAUCUGGAUCAGUAUGUCACAAUUUGAUAGGAUCACAAUUAUAGGAGAUUUCUUGCUUAACUCCUUCCAUGGGACACUCGUUUUUGCACAUCAGAUUUCUGAGAUAUCUGAUUUUAAACAAUUCAUGAGGACAGUAUACCCUUCAAAUUACAGUAAUGAAAUUUCAUUUGUUAGACUAUGGUGGAUUUAUUUUAAUUGUUCUUUGUCAUCAUCUAAUUGUAAGAAAUUGAAGAAUUGUUCUACCAAAACUUUACUGAAGUGGAUAUUUAGGCAGAAGAUUGGAAUGUCCAUGAGUGAUUCAAGUUAUAACUUAUAUAAUGCUGUAUAUGCUGUGGCCCACUCACUCCAUGAGAUGCUUCUGCAACAAGUAGACAUAUGGUCAGAGAAUCCUGGAAAAGGGCUGCAAUUUGAUUCCUGGAAGAUGUUCUCUCUUCUGAAGAACAUACAAUUUGUAAAUCCUACUGGAGACCUAGUGAAUAUGAACCAGGAGGCAAAACAGGAUACAGAGUUUGACAUUUUCUAUGUCACAGAUUUUAACCAACACUUUGGACUCAAAGUGAAAAUAGGAAAGUUUUCUGGACAUUUUCCAAAUAAUCCACAAUUGUAUAUAUCUGAUGAAAUGAUAGAGUGGGCCACGGAUUUUAGACAGACUCCACCUUCCAUAUGCAGUAGACCCUGCAGUCCUGGUCACAAAAAAUCCCCUCAGGAGGGAAAAGCCAUCUGCUGUUUUGAUUGUAACCCCUGUCCAGAAAAUGAAAUUUCCAAUAUGACAAACAUGGAUCAUUGUGUGAAGUGUCCAGAAGAUCAGUACAGCAAUGUACAACAAACUCACUGCCUCAAAAAAGUUGUAAACUUUCUGGCCUAUGAAGAUCCCUUGGGAAUGUGUCUGGCUGGCUUGGCUCUUUGUUUCUCUUCUCUUACAGCGGCUAUUCUAGCUAUUCUUUUCAAGUAUCAAGAUACUCCCAUAGUCAAGGCCAAUAACCGAAUUCUCAGCUAUGUACUACUUAUCUCCCUCAUAUUUUGUUUUCUCUGUCCCUUGCUUUAUAUUGGCCAUCCACAUAGGGCCACCUGUAUCUUGCAGCAGAUCACAUUUGCAAUUGUCUUCACUGUGGCAACAUCUUCAGUCUUGGCUAAGACAAUUACUGUGGUACUAGCAUUCAAAGUCACUGUUCCAGAUAGAAGAAUGAGAUGGCUCCUGGCAUCAGGUGCCCCUAACUUCAUCAUUCCCAUGUGUACUCUGAUCCAACUGAUUCUCUGUGGAAUCUGGCUGGGAACUUCUCCUCCAUUUGUUGAUGUGGAUGUACAUGCUGAACAUGGCCUUAUUUUGAUUGUCUGCAACAAAGGUUCAGUUAUUGCCUUCCAUUGCAUCUUGGGAUACAUGGGAUCCCUUGCCCUGGCAAGUUUUACUGUGGCUUUCCUGGCCAGAAAUCUGCCUGACACAUUCAAUGAAGCCAAGUUCCUGACAUUCAGCAUGAUGGUGUUCUGCAGUGUCUGGAUCACCUUCCUCCCUGUCUACCAAAGCACCAAGGGCAAGGCUACAGUAGCUGUAGAGAUUUUCAGUAUCUUGGCCUCAAGUUCAGGGCUGCUUUUUUGUAUCUUUGCCCCAAAGUGCUACAUUAUUUUGUUCAAAUCACAGAUAAAUUCUUUUCAUAAGUUUAGGAACAUACAUUUUAAAGAUGAAAAUAUCCAUUAA